AUGUGUCGUCUAGUCAUUUUUACCGGCACUUGCACCAAGUGUGGCGAGGACCAAGUAUGGGAAGAGCUCACGCAAGAAUUAUCAUGUCUCCAGGCAAAAAACAAUGGGAUUUUUGGAGACUGCUCAAACGGUGUGUUCCAAGAACGACAUGAGUUCGACCAAGAGUGCGACCAAUGCACUGAGGAGGAUGAAGGAGUCGGCGAUGUAGGUGAAGAGGCAGCGGAGGACCUCCUUGCUCAUGGGAAGCGGCUCGCUGAGGAAGAGCAGUCAAAUGACUCGCGGAAGAAAGCCAAAACCAAGAGUUAA